AUGCCAUCACGUGAGGAGAACGAGCAGCGGCCCCUCAGUCGUUCCAGUGGGUUGGCCAGCAACGUUCCCCGCGACGACUCACCACGGUCGCAGGCGGCGAGAGAGCCCAUAAGCAUGGGCGAGAUGCCCGAUGGCGAAGGCAUGGCUCCUCGCCCGGAGGCGAGCCUUAACGACAUGGAUGAAGAACAAAAGGAAGAAAUAAGCGAUCUCAUGUUGAACGUCAUUAUGCACCCGGACCGCCCCAUCGAGAAUCUUCCAGUGAUGAUGGCACCGGAGCUGAAGCUAAUUGGUCGCUGUGUGAGCCUCCGAGUCAUGCAGACUGUUAACGGUGCCCCGCCGGCCCCCUACUACUACACGGGACUUGUGUGCAUGGUCACGGAGACCUCAGUCUCCCUGAUGCAGGUCAACCGAUAUACGCACGACGACUUCGCGGCGUAUUACUUGCGAGAGCAACAACUGUCAAAGGGGGCGACCAUUUCUCCAGAGCUGCAGAUCCGGAACUGCUGUGCUCUGCGUCACGGCCGCGUACGUGCGUGCUGCCUCUACAGUGUGCUCGCUUCCCCAAGAGCAGACAACGGUGAUGCCUCCUCAACGCAGCAUGCUCAGUCCCCCGAGUGGGACUUACUGAACCAUGACUGCACCACUGCUGGUGAAGCGGGUGUUACCCAGGAUGACAGGAUCGCCAGUACAGAGGAGUCCCGUAUGUUGUGUACGAUGGAUGCCGCAGGCAGCUUGGCCCCUGCAGUGUCGAUGAAAACUGGGGCGGAACUAGACGCUGCAGCAGCUCAGAACGGAGAUGAAGCAGGGAACAUGUCGGGUGCUACUGAACCUGUGAUGGAUGAAGUCACCGAUAGUGCCGAUGCCGCCAAUGAUGGCACCGCACCCCGGCGGUUUCGAGCAUUUGACGGAUCCAUCGGCCCCAUCCCGUACGUCACCUUCUUGCGCAGGAACAUCUACAACGUGGCAUUCGGUCGCGACCCGCGCAGCAGCUUCUACUCGCUCUUCAAGGACCCUGCCAGGCACACGAGAGACAUGCAGGUCCUGCGCAUGUUUGUGCGCCGCUACCUGGUGCACACGAGCCAGGGCAACAACCCGCGCCAGGUGCUGCUCUACGCAUUCCUCUCUGUCCGAUGCGCGUGGCCGGAUGUGGACCGUGAGCUGGUGAAUCGUGUGGCGCUCGAGGAGCUUCCCACUCUCCUCAAGGCCGACUGCGCGAUUGAGAAGGAGAAGAAGCGGAGGCGGCUCCGCAUGCAGCAGCGGGUGCGGGAGGUGCAGGAGUAUCGCGCGCCUGCCGGUUUCUUUUCGAAAACGGGCAUUCUCUACCUCACUAAGAUUCCGCAGAAAUUAUUUCUUGCUGGGAUGUUCAUCCUCUUGUUCGACGUCGGCUUAAUUGUUUUCUUCAGCUCAGCGAGGAGUAACGUGCGUGACGCGCUUGUCUCAUCCUUCAUUUUUCAGUUCACGGGGGAGCUUGUGGCAGCAAUCGUUGUGUGGUGCAUCGCCGGCGUCAUGUGCAUUGUUCAUUCCACCAUGAUGCACUUGCCGGUGCGGGAGGGCAUGUGGUACAUGGGUGCGCAUAGCGCAUGCUUCCUUGGCGCCUUCGCCUGCUGCAUCAUGGCGUUUGUGGUGCUGCUGAGGCUGCUGGACAGAAACAUGAUUUUCUUUCACAUGGUGAGAAACCAACCGGGCGAUCUCUGCAUCUUCUACCAGCGGCACGGGUGUUCGGGUUUUCUUGUGGGUUGCAACGACUCCCAGGCCAUGUUUAAUCGAGAUCUUUGCAGCAUAUGCCCUGACGUGAGCACCUCAGUAACGGGAUGCUACUCGAUUAUUAGGAGCCAAAUAGGACUGACCACGAUGCCGAUGCUCGUGUUCAGCAUGUUUCUCACGGUGGCGGUGCUGUAUAGCUUCGUUCAACUCUUCAAGUUGCUGUGGAUUUUCAAAGCAGCCGUACAUAUCUUUUAA